AUGUAUGAGCUGUGCCAGUACAUGUAUGAGCGGUACAAGUACAUGUAUGAGCGGUACAAGUACAUGUAUGAGCGGUACAAGUACAUGUAUGAGCGGUACAAGUAUAUGUAUGAGGGGUACACGUAUAUGUAUGAGCGGUAUAUGUAUGAGCGGUACAGAUACAUGUAUGAGUGGUACAGGUACAUGUAUGAGCGGUACAAGUACAUGUAUGAGCGGUACAAGUACAUGUAUGAGCGGUACAAGUACAUGUAUGAGCGGUACAAGUACAUGUAUGAGCGGUACAAGUACAUGUAUGAGCGGUACAAAUACAUGUAUGAGCGGUACAAGUACAUGUAUGAGCAGUACAAGUACAUGUAUGAGCGGUACAAGUACAUGUAUGAGCGGUACAAGUACAUGUAUGAGCGGUACAGAUACAUGUAUGAGCGGUACAUGUAUAUGUAUGAGCGGUACAAAUACAUGUAUGAGCAGUACAGGUAUAUGUAUGAGCGGUACAGGUACAUGUAUGAGUGGUACAAGUACAUGUAUGAGCGGCUAAAUUUCACUUAA